GCUACUAUACCUAGAUCACUUUUCCCUCUCUUCUUUGUUGCUCCUUCUCCAAACGUGACCUAGUUUCUCUUUUUCUCCAAUACAUCUUCUCUGUUGGUAGAAACUAGAAAGUCCAAUCCGUCUCCUGAAGUUCCGCCAUUCCAAUCUUCGCCGAGAAGGAGCCAAUUGGCGGCCGGGGUAUCGCAUCCUCCCCAUCCCCCCAUGUCUCGACGAGACCGAGACCGAGAUCGCGACCGCGACCGCGGAAGGGAGCGUUACGAGCGCGAUUUCAACACCAGACGAUACCGCUCCGGCUUCGACAGGGAACCCAGUCCCAAGAGGUCUAGGAGGGACGAGAAGCUAGAGACACAGAAAGUGUUUAGCGAACCUAAUCCUGAAAGUGGAGAUUUGACGCAUCAUUCUGAAAGCGGUCAUGUCAAGACGCAAGAUGCAGUAGUACCUCUUGUUUCUGCACCAGGCCCUGAUUCUAAGUUGGAAUCUGCUGAUGAUAAGAAAGAACUUGAAAAGAAACCCAAUGAGCAGCAUCAUGCAGAUGUUACCCCAAGUACCAAUUCAAAGGAAGUGCCUCGAUCUCGAACUUAUUUCCAGGUUCACCUGAAUGUCUCUUCUCUUGGUCUUCUGGAAUUCUAUUGGAAUUGGAUGACCGACGUAAUGCUGGGCAAGCUGGCCGAGGCGUUGUUCGUAGAUCCUCCACUGGUCUAUGAGCAAGAACGGAGAGAUCCAAAGGACGACAGAAAUGAAAGGGACACAAACAGGUCAACAACUAAUGAUCGAGACCGGAAGUCGGGAGGUGCCAAGGAUGACGACAACACCUCCUUGCACCAUGAUCGUCUCUUUAAAAUGGAGGAUGAGGCACGCCCAGCUCAUAUGAGAAGACAGCGACCUGCAUUUAGGGAGAAGAAGACACCAGCUGGCUCCGAAUAUCUAGCAGCGGUACCCAUGCACUCAAGCCAGAUAGAUCGUCGUCCUGUGUCAGGUUUGGAGAGAAGGGACCGCCAUGUAGUCGACAGAUCGGAGAGGGCAGUAGCUGGAGGACAUAGGAGGGGUCUCCCUCCGUCAAGAGACCGGCCUGGUGGUGUUAGAAUGAACAAUUACAACAAGGGAAGAGAGCAGUUCAAUGCAAGACAAAGCAGCCAUCCGAAUCAGGGCAGUGGAACACGCGUGGAGAAAUGGAAGCACGAUCUUUUCGACGAGGCUGCUUCUAAAAGCCCUGCCUCAAAGAAUGAGGACGAACAUAUCGCAAGAGUGGAAGAACUGUUAGCUUCAUAGAACUUGGAAGGGACUCUGGGAAGUCAGUUCGCUGUUAGGAUCUUGGUCUAGUUUGUUGUUCUGCGGUAAUAAAUAUUGUUCUCACUUUCCAAAACAUUUGUUAAACUUUGCGACUGGUUUAGCUUUGGAUCUUUGUACGAAUAUUAGUAUUUCAAAGCGCAGUUUCAGGUGUGAAUAUAAAUUUUGGGUGUGCCACCUCUAAUUAACCCGG